UCAUGACAGAAUUCACCAGCCCCUUAACUGUCACACGCUGUCACCUCACUGUUUGAGAGAAAAAGAAAACAAUUAAAAUAGUGAUUUUUCAGCAGUGAAAAGCCUUUAACGAUGGCGCUUACCAAUGAAGAACCGGAUAACUCAAGUGCGGGCACCGACGAGACCGUUAACCUGUGGCAGAGCAUUCUGAACGACGUUCAGAAACAUGGAAAUCCCAAACUGAACCCCAACAAGCAGAUAGUGGUUUUGGGGAACAACGAGAGCGGAAAAACCACCAUGGUGGCAAAGCUGCAAGGGAUUGACAAUUCCAGCAAGGGGUCAGGGCUGGAAUAUGCCUACAUCAAUGUAAGGGAUGAUUAUCGCGACGACCACACCCGUUUGAGCGUUUGGGUUCUGGAUGGCGAUCCGUCCCAUGUGGAUCUUCUGAAGUUUGCUCUCAACGAGGAAAACUUCCAGGACACUUUGGUGAUAUUGACUGUGUCAAUGAGCACUCCUUGGGGCAUUUUGGAGCAGCUGCAGCAUUGGUCGUCGGUUCUGGCCGAUCACUUGGACAAGCUGAAGCUGGACAUCGAUGUCAGGCGGAACAGGCGCCAUUUGAUGGUCAAAAAAUGGCAGGAAUACAUUGAGCCUGGGGAUGAAUUGGAGCCAGCCUCUCCAAUGAAGCGAAGCUCGCGCAACCUGGGCGAUGAAGACAACGAAGACGUCGAUCUGAGCACCUUGUCAGAGGGAACACUGACCAGCAAUCUGGGCCUGGAUAUUGUGGUGGUUGUCACCAAGACGGACUACAUCCAGACGCUGGAAAAGGAGCACGAUUACAGGGAUGAGCAUUUGGAUUUCAUGCAACAGUGGAUCAGGCGGUUCUGCUUGCAGCAUGGGGCUGCUUUGUUCUACACCAGCGCAAAGGAGGAUAAGAAUUGCGACUUGCUUUACAAGUAUCUGACCCAUCGAAUCUACGGGUUUCCAUUCCAGACGCCCGCGCUGGUCGUGGAAAAGGACGCCGUCUUCAUCCCGGCCGGCUGGGAGAAUAUGAAGAAGAUCAGCAUCCUGCAUGAAAACAUGCAUUCGUGCAAACCAGACGAUUACUAUCGCGAUGUCAUUGUCCAGCCGACUACAAGAAAGACAGUGAAUCGAGAAAGUGAGCUAGUGGCGGAGGACGAACAGGUCUUCCUAGCCCUGCUUCAACAGCACUCGUUUGGAGGCGCGAGUCCUGCAAGUAACAGGCUGAGCGAUGGGCCAAUGAGAAGUCCCAUAGCCGGAAUUCAGGCUUCGCCUCGAAAACUGGACGGCUCGAAAGUGGUGAAUUCGCCGGGAGGCGAGGGCGUUCUGGCCAAUUUCUUCAACUCGCUGCUGCAUAAGAAAACCGGUAGCCCCAACACAUCGUUGGUGAAUAAAACAGGGUCUGAGUCGCUAACGGACAAAGCUCUGAUGCGCUCAGACGCCCAGGCUGAACUGGACAAGUUGGCCAGGAAAAAGCUGGCUCCGCCUAGUGCGGGCAGCACUCCCAACACCAGCAGUGUCGACUUUGAUGCUUCCGACUGCUGAACUGGUUCAAUCCUUCAAGUUUCUUGCUAAUACUGCAAGCCAGUUCGAGCGAUUUUUCUGAUUACUUUACGCUGAUUCUCUAGUAACGCUUCAUUUCUGUGAUAGGCUUAAUCCUUCAAUUUUCUUUAAAUAAAUUAUUAAUUCCC